UGUUAAUAAAUAAAAAGAUGUUUGUUUCUUCUCUGUAAUGUAGAUAAGAGACAUAAAACAAGAAUCUUAUCUUCUGGUCAAGAGAGAGAUGAGCUCCAUAAGCCAAAGCAUUCUCAUGGCUUUAACAGUAACUGUUAACAAAUAUGCUUCUUCCAAUGUUCAAGCUGUACGCAGAAACGAUACCAAACGCCAUUCUUUAACUGCUCCACCCGCUGAUUUAGGACGCAGAAACAUUCUCUUCUCCUCCACGUCUUUCAUCGCCGCUGCUUUGACCAGCAGCGACCAGCUUCUCCAAAAGUAUUUGAAGAAGACUGAGGAAAACAAAGCCAAGAAUGAUAAGGAGAGAUUGGACAGUUUUUACAAGAGGAAUUAUAAAGACUACUUUGAGUUUGUUGAAGGAUCUAUAAAGGGAAAGACAGAAGCAGAGCUCAGUGAAUCUGAAAAACGGAUUCUGGAAUGGCUCAAAGCCAACAAAUGAUUAUGAUGAAUUGAUGAUGAUGAUGAUGAUAAAUUGAUAAUGAUGAUAAGUUUUUGUUUGUCUAUGAAACUUUUUUUUAAAAAGGGCUGCUCAGUAAUUUAUAUAUCUUGCUCUGUAUAUGUUUUUGUUGAAUCGGUUUUGCUUUUCUCAACAAACUUUAUUUUCGAAAACGGAGUACCAGAAUCCAAGCUCAAUCUUGUGGAUGCAAUAACAUAGUCAGGAGAGUGGAGUGGGGAAGUGAAUUGAAGCUCAUAGUGUCUCAUGGGAGAUAAAUAUUUCUAAAGAGCCUACCGUUUGUUUCCAGUCAAUGGUGUGCUUAAAACCUCUCCACUCGUAGAUAAGCUUGUCCACGGCGUUUCUGGUCGCUAAAGUUCUUGAUUUUGUAGUAUCCUUAUGGUUUCCAUGUGGACAGAUGAGAAUACAAUGCCUUUCACUUGUGUGCGAAUGUGCUUCUACUAGGUAUCUUCUCAAGAAACUCCGCCUGUUUCCGUCACAAGAUCAAACACACAAAAGCAUUAGAUGGUUUCGUGUGUCUCAAGUAAGCCUUCUUAUGCGGUUUCUUGCUUCUCCAGUUAAGGCCAGCAAUCUACCUUGAGCUUGAUUUAGUGAGUCUAAACCUAACAAGAACACACUCAUAUCGUAUUACAAGAUUUAUAUUGUAUUAUAGAAACGAAUAGUUAAAUUCUCUAUUUUAAUCCAUACAGUAUAUCGUUUUACCAAAGUUGUUUUACCUACUUUCAAAUUAAACACAAG